AUGACAAUAAGAAAGCUUGGCUUCAAUUUAAAGGAUAAUGGGAUAGGGAGCAGAAGGAUCUGCCUGGUGAAUGGUACUGGCCACUGUGCUGGGCAAGUGGAAAUCUACCACAAUGGCACCUGGGGCACAGUGUGUGAUGAUGCCUGGGACCUCUCUGAUGCCAAUGUGGUCUGCAGACAGCUGGGCUGUGGUGUGGCCCUUAGCACCGUGGGAUCUGCUCACUAUGGGGCAGAGUCUGUUCUCAUCUGGCUAGAUGAGCUGAGCUGCCCUGGAAAUGAGUCUGAGCUCUGGCAGUGCCCAUCUCAAAGCUGGGGCCAGCAUGACUGCAGACACAAGGAUGCUGGAGUUCUCUGCUCUGAGUUCACAGUUCUGAGGCUCGUCAGUGACACCCACAUCUGUGCUGGCUGGCUGCAAGUUUUCUACAAUGGAACAUGGAGACCUGUGUGUAGUAACUUCCUGAAGGAUCUUUCCCUCACAAUCGUAUGCAGGCAGUUGGAAUGUGGAGAUUCAGGUUGGCUGGAGAAUAAACAAGAACCCCAUGCAAGCUCUGAGUUUAGCUGGUUGGAUAAAAUUGAAUGCCAUAAACACUAUACGACCUCUUUGUGGCAGUGCUCAUCAGCUCCCUGGCAUCCACAUUCGUGUUCCCAAGAAGAUGAGGCCUGGAUCACCUGUACAGGACAGGCAAAGAAAAAACCAAAUGAAAACAGAGAGGGUGUCAACUGCUCAGCCUACCAAGAAUGCACAGGACUGUCCUGCAAAGCCCCAGGGACACAGUCACUGUGGUCACAAGGAGGAUGCAGCUGUGAAUUGCUCUGGUAUCCUGCUAUUUGCUCAGAAGGGAAAUACACUUUUUGUGGUCAUCAAUUUUGUCCUUGGAACUCUUCUCUGCCUCAUCUUAAUACUUCUGAGGGCUCUGAUGUGGAACAAGAAAAGAUCCUGCCUGGAUUCUAGACUGAAUGCACAUUCUUCUCCUGAGGUCGUCUGUGAGGAUGUUUCACACAUUGAGUUGGGGGAAGAGAAUGAAGAAAUGGAA